CUGGUAAACAGACAUGGAAGCACCUGGUGAAGACCUCCACAGAGGCUGAGCACCGCACUCGCUCUUUCUCGCCGUGUCCUGCCCCCUUCGCCCCUUGCAUCCAGUUGAUUUCAAUCGGCCUGGCGUUUGUUUACACAUACGGCAUCCAUAGGAUCGAUUUCUUCUUCAGUGUGUGCGGCAGCCAGUAAGAAUCCAAACUGAUGUGGAUCAGCUGAUUGAGUUACAAAUAAGUUUCUUUUGUCCUUGCCAAGCGGAAAGAAUGUCGGAAAGGGCCGAGGAUGACGUCAGGGGGGAGCAGCGCCGAGCAGCCAGGCAGCAGCUGAAGCAGCAGCAGCCGAGCCAGCGCGGAGAAGGCUCCACAGCAAUGGCGACUGUUGCGGAGCGGAGAUCCUUACCCAGUCCAGAAAUAAUGGUGGGACAGCCUUGGAGCAACUGGGUCGACGCCGCCAAACUCCACGGAAACGACGGUGCUGAAUUGGAGGAAAGUUUCAAAGACUUGGGGAAAAAUCGCGAAGCCAUGCGUUUGUGCAGAGAAGAUAUGCCGAUAUUUGGCCAGUAUCCAGCGCACGAUGACUUCUACCUGGUGAUGUGCAGCCACUGUAGUCAAGUAGUCAAGCCUCAAGCCUUCCAAGCACAUUACGAGAGAAGACAUAAUUCUGCCAUCAAGUCAGCAUCCACCUCGCCCUUCCUUUUGUCCGGAAGGAACAGGAGUAGUACUAGUAGCGGUGCUCUCGGAACUGGACUUGGCUCAGGGUCUCUCACCGGAGUGACGAGCGGAGGGAUUGUUAGCCGAACCGCCACCGCUGGAUCUAACUUCUCUUCCUCCGCGACAUCCUCCUCCUCUUCCUCCAAUCCCAAACUACUCAAACCAGCCAAAGACAAGGUGUCGGGCAUCCAGCGAAGGCUUCCCUUUCACCCAUUCAGGAUGCUGCAGCCGGACAAGAUCCUCACCCCGGCUGUCAAGGUGGAGAAGAUGCAUCUGAAUGUGGACUCGUCAGCUAAGCUGGUGCAGGUCCCCUCUGCUCCCGCCACCACCUCAUCCUCCUCUACAUCCUCCUCUAGCACCACUGUGAGCUCCAACAACAACAACACCACCACCUCCACCACCACCAUCACCACCUCCUCAUCCUCAGCCCUUAAACCAGGCCUUAACUGUCCCUCCAUACCAAAGCCUCCCUUACUAGCCCCGGGUCAGAUCCCCAACGGCAAAGGUCACCUGUCAGUCCUUUCGGACAAGAAGCAGGACAACAGCAACAGCAGCAGUGCCAGUAGCAGACGCCACCUUAACAAGAAAGUGACAGAGCGUGAGUUCAAUCCAGAUAUUCACUGUGGUGUUGUGGAUGUGACAGCUCGGAAAACCUGCACAAGAUCCCUAACAUGCAAGACACAUUCCUUGAGCCAGCGGAGGGCAGUGCCAGGGCGGAGGAAGCGCUUUGACACAUUACUGGCAGAGCACAAGUACAGAACAAAGGAGCGAGAGAGAGAACUCCACCAAACCCAUUCCCAACCACCUCCCCCUCUCAGGGACCCACACCCCUCCCUCCAUCUUGCCACUUCUUAUGAUGUCCAUCCGGUGGCUCAUGGCAACGGCCCUGCCCCAGACACCACUAAGAUUCUGCCAUCCAACAAACUCAAAUUUCACAGCCCUAGUCUUCCACGAUUGAACAACACGCACGGGCCUGGUACCCCAGCGGACCCCGCAAUAGUCCACGACUCACCACAUCAUCCCCAAAGUGCUCCUGACGGGCUCUCUCGAGCCUCCAGUGAUGAGGGAGAGAAUGAGGAGCGUGAGGAGAGCGCUGAAAAAAUGCACUGUCACUAUUCAGGUUAUCACCCUCGACCGGUAGCUUACUGUAAUUUUGGAAGUCGACUGUUUGGGAGAGGUUGUUACUCCUUUGACAGGCGAUGGGACAAAAUGCGAUGUGUCCUCUCUGCAAUGAUGGAUAAGCACGUCAACUCUCAAAUGUGGAAGAAAAUCCCUAUGGCCUUGGAGAACAGCUCUUCCUUUGCACCUAACCAUAGGACAAGCACAAAUUCCCCCAGUAGCACCCCAUCUUCAGGCUUCCUGGGCCCGCCUACGACCAUGCCCCAGACCCCGUAUAGCCAAUCGUUUGAGGGCAAGCCUGUGCUCUCCUAUGGGACCACCUUAAACGCCCGCAGCUCUCCACAGGGAGGGCCCGAGCACCCGGCCUACGGCACCACACAGGCCCGACAAGUGUCUUCGUCGCCGCAGAUGCCUUCAGCCCACUUGUCCUCAUCCACCUCCCCUUUAGCUCCUUCACUCGCCUCAGGCCGGGCGCUUAAGUCCCGUCCCUCCAGCGGCAGCAGCACGACCAAGUCAUUGUCCAUCCGGCCCAAGGAGAUCUCCACUGGUUCCUCCGCACCCAUCAUCCCCACUUCAGUUGGCGUGGGCAGUAACAGUAGCAGCACCAGCUUCAGCUCGGGAAAGAAGAGGAAGAACAGCUCUAUCCUCUCGUCGUCCCAUAGCUCCUCAGAACCUGCUAAUGCUAACUAUUCUCCCUCGUCCACUUUCAAGAAGAACUGUGCAAAUGUUGGCAGCUCAGGGAGCACCUACCACCACAGCUCACUAGGUUCCUCCUCCUCAUCGUUAUCUUCCUCCCACAGCGGCGUCCACAGUGUGGGCCUCAACUGUGGCCCCAGCGUGCGCACGAACUCUCUCAGCCUCAAGGCCGAGCUUUCCGCAGGGUCUGUUGGCGGCUCCUCGGGCCCGCCGGCGCGAGGCCCGGCUUCGGGGAGCCCCGCCGAGUCCAUCAAGCGUAUGAGUGUGGUGAUGAACAGCAGCGACUCCACCCUCUCUCUGGGGCCUUUCGUCGACCACCAGUCCUCGGCGGACCACCAUAGCGGCUUCAGCCACCAUUCCUCAGACGGGCGCCUGGAAGGCAAGAAACGCAAAAGCUCGCCUGCCUCCAGCGGUGUCAAUAGUGGUACUGGGGGAGGUGGGGGUCCCGCACCGGGUCGGCCCAAGGUGUCCAAGUCACCUGCCAUUAACAACAUCCACGGCAAGCACGGGCGGAACAUUCCAGGGACGCCGGGCCUACCCAACAACUCCCAUUUACAUCAGCCAAAGGCUCGUCCCUGACACUGGUGUCAGCCCGCAGAGUGUGUGGAUACGGCACGAUGACGGGGAAUAGUCCGCAGCAAUCCGCUCUGGACUGUUUGAGGCCUUCUAAAAUGAAAACCCACAUUACUCUCAGUUUCCCACAAUCCUCAGGUUGGAGAUGAUCUGGACUGCCCAGUGAGGUCAAAAGUCCGUACUCGUUCUCCCAAAGCCAUGUCUGUUAGAGGGGUGGUGGGGACAAGUGGUGCUCGGUGGGGACACGUCACGCGCAGAGCCCGCCACGGAGCUCCGCCAGCGUGGCGUUGUCCUCGUAUUACGGGUGGUCUUCCAGAAGGUCCCGGCGUGGGAGCAAAGCGAGCCAUGAGUCUCCAGGGUGCACUCGGGUUCCGGUUAAGGGCUGUUGUGAGCUCUGCGGCCGUAAUCCGUCAUGACACUGAGCAAGUGGGGAGACAACAAGCCCAUCUCUUCCUUGUGCGUGGGCCCUCGUGUGCAUGUGUGUGUGUGUCUGUGUCUGUGUGUGGCAAGCCAAUUGAGCAUUUAUUCAAUAUCGUCAUGCGCUGAGUUGUCGUUCUACUCGCGCGCCAUCAUGUUUUAAAAUGUGAUGUAUUUUUCCACUACUGUAUUUUGACAUUUAUGAACACAAUGGCUUUUACUGCAUGUUAUUAGUGAGGCAAAACCGGUGCAGCGAUUGGCAUCUGCUUGCAACGAGGGAUAUCAGUGACUAUAUUAUAUUUUAUUAUUUCAUAUCGAAAAGCUGAUGCCCAUCUUUGUUUUCACACCAGUAGAAAAACGUGUGUUUUUUUUAGUGUGGCAAAGCUUUUGGUGUGCAGAUGUCAAUGCAGUUUUGCACCGCGAGUAACUUGCAGUUUUACGAGGAGGAUUGUAUGACCACGGUCAACACAUUUUUAAUCAAAGAUUCAAGCAAACCUUUGCAAUUUUUUUUUGUACUGAAUCUCUAGUACAUCAGGUUUUAAUAAUAUAAUAAAGGUUAAAGGUAAUUUUAGCUCAAAAUUACUACACACGUCCUUAUUGCGCAACCUUGUGUAGGUCAAACUCAAAAACGAGUCAUGAAAACAUUUCCAAAACCACGUGCUAAGGAAAAAAGUGAAAUUGCUUUUAUUUUUUUCAAUUGGCAUUAAAAAAAAAAAUACAAUAAGGGACACUUUGUCUGUUGACCAGUGUUUAGAGCUUACUCGUACCCUGGCGAUUCAGCGCAACCCGUAUCGAAUAAAUGCUCUGACAGCUUUCUGUAUGUGUGAAAAAGACGAGUGAGUGUCGACAAUUGUUCUCAUGUCAGAUUCUGCUGGACUACUGGAAUUUACGACUCAAUUUCACCCCCUGCGCCUGAUCUCAGAAGCCUUGGAAAGGAGAGCAGGAGGGGCGGCAAACACGCUGGCUCCACCCCAACAGACAAACAAUCAUCUUGUUUUACGCUUUGUCAGUCGGACUCGGGCUCACUCGUUUUGGGGGCUCCGCGCGGUAGCUUGAGAAGGGCCGGUAGGGACGACCCUGUAAAUGUUUUUAUUUGAAUGCCCCCGCAGAAUUAUGCAAGUGUUAUCCUAUUCCAAUGUUUUCUUAUGAGCUUUUACACUGUACUACAAAGAGUCUUCGUAGAUGAGCUCGAGGAGGGCCUGCGCUUUCAGAUCUGAAACCCGAUGCGCCCCCUCGCUUGAUUUUCCUUUUCUUUUUACGAUGAAACAAAUUUGAACCGAAUUUCUGAAUCUUGUCAAUGUGCAGAAUGAUAGCCACAGUCGACCUGCUUCCCCAACUGUGAACAGCACUAAAACGACUUCACACCGCGCAGGCAAUGCUUAUUUGAUAACUAAGGUCACCUAAAGCUGCUACUCUUGUGUCUACGGCCAACUUGAAAGUCGGGCCGCUGAAGUGGUUGAAGGUGCAUUGCCUGCGUGGAUGUCAAGAAUCUGUGCCACAAUCUUUUCUCUGAAUUACUGUGGGAGAUCCACAACAGCCUGUGGAGCGAUGUGAAUUGUGUGGGUUUGUUUUUCUUCCCCGCAUGGGGGAAUCAGGUAUGGUACGUCUUAACUCGAGAAAACUUUAUGCACGUCAACUGUCUUCUGUGGGUGUUUUGUCCCUCAACCUUUGGAUAUUGAGUAGUGAUGCCUCGGCCGGUGUCGGGGUGAGAAGCCCCAUACCUUGAAUUCCUUGAGUCCAAAUGAAGUCUUGAAUCAGGCAAUAGUCCACAGUCUUGAGUGGGAUGUUUGCUGCUUUUGAGCAAGUUUCAAGGUGGUGUGAGAUUCAUGGAGAUGGCUUCACAGGACAUAUUUUGACAUUUGGCAGCACCCAGUUACUAUCUGGAAACCUCCACUGAUGUCAGUCAAGAGUGGAAAGUAGAUCUUUUUUUCUUUUUCUUUAGCUCCCCCCUAGCUUAUGAAGUCAAAGAGCUACUCCUAUUUGAAAAAAUAUUUUGUUAAGCAAUUGUACAUAAAUGAAAUGUGUAUUUUUGCACAGGCUUUUUUUGUACAUGCAGGAAUUUUUGGGUACCAUUUUGAAGAGUCGUUAUUUAUUUAGGAAGCCAGAGGAGAAGCCAGAAUUUGAUUAUUUAAAAGUGUUUCACUGCCAAGUCUAUCUAUAUAAUGCAAUACAUGGAUAUAUUCAGUAUGAAUCGAAGCCUCUCAUGAAUCAUGGACUGAGGGUCUCUUAAGGGACAAAGGUGAAGUGUUUUUCCACUGUAGCAUGUGUCUGUUUGACAGCGAAUACCUUUAUUCACUUUUUAAGGUCUCAAAUCACAUGUGCUUUUACAACACAUAUUUUGUUGCCUCUGAAUCAACACAAGUAAUGUACCCGUGUGGCCCAAUCAGCCUGCGACCGGGCUUUGUCACAAUGGACCCGCCAGUCAUACACUUGACCUUAAACCCAUUUCUUGGUUGUUGUUUUAGAAGGUCGAAGGAACUAAUCAUUGAAAUCGCUUGCAUCGUCAUUGCCAAACAAGUAAUUUGAAUCACAGCUUUUCAAAGAAAUAUCAAAUUAAGAAAGUGCCUGAAUUUGUUUCACCCUGACUGUUUUAGGACAGUGUUGUCGGGUUCUUUUAUUUACCUUACUUGAAUGUUCAGUGUUUUAAUCUGCCUAUGAACCCUAAAUGUGGUAAAAAAAAAAAACACACAAAAAAAAAAACCUGAGCUUGCCAGCUGCCCGGUAUCAAACAGUCGUAGUGUGCGUGCGUGUGUUCAGUGAGACUGACACCAACAUUUCCUGUCAUCAGUGUGUGUGCGUGCGCGUGUGGCAGAAGCCUCUGGCUUACUUGGCAAUGUACAUGACAACAUUCAAUCUGGUCCUUUGUUUACCUUUUAAACUCCACUGACAUCUCAACUAAAGUUUUAAGCAGGUGGAAAUAUGAGGAAUUUAUUCUUGUUUUUUUUAAUAGAACCAUAGACUUGGAAUGUGAAUGCAAGAGUACAGCUAAUGUCUGGGGGGGGUGAGACCGCCCUUCAUAUGACAAAAAGCCUGUAGAUUUCAAAUCAUUUACAGCUAGACUUUAUGUAUUGGCUGCUAUGUAAUUCAUGAACAAAACAUAAGUUAGGAGUAAUAUUUAAGGAAAGAAGAUUGUAUAGUAUAUUUGUUUUGUAACAAGUUCUGUAAAUAAAAUAAUUUAUACUAUUUAUA